AUGGCGGAUGGCUUGGAGCGCCCGAAGCGGAGGUUCGUCGCUGCGGAGAAGCGGAUACCUCAGAUGCCAGCGGCGAAGGACAAGGUGGAAAAGCGCGACACCGGAGCGCUCUUUGCCUCUGCGGCAUCGGACGACCAGUUUCGCGCCAUGAUCAGCGCGCGGGACGUCACUGCGGCCGAAGGUGGACAGCGGGGCAAAGGCCACGCAUCUACGCCGAGGACGCUGGCCGUGCUCUUCGGAUCGGCCUGGUGCCACCACUGCCACACCACGUUCGAGCGCAUGUACGAGGACGCCGUCCGGGGCGUCAAGCGCUGCAUCGGCCUGGGGUACGGCGACGUGGCAUAUCUCAAGGAAACAUGCGACCGCGAGGGGAUUGAAUACACCCCCACCGUCGCGUUCUACCGGGACGGCGUCAAGGUCGACGAGGUGAUCGGGCCGAACGAGCAGCGGCUCGCGGACCGCCUCUGGCUGCACAGCACGCGAAAGGGCGACCGCCGCUACCCCACGUAG